AUGCAUGCAGAUGUCAACUGUGGGCAGCAGUGGCGCUGUCCCCGGCGAGCCCGGGGCCGAGGGACCCUCUCAAGCCCCGCCCCCGCCCGGGCAGCCGAGCCCACCUCCCCCGCCCGCGACUGCGCUCUGGGCCCCGCGCGCCCCGCCCCCACCGGAGACCUGAGCGGAGGCUGCACCGGGGGCCUCAGGUUCCGACCCCACCGCGCCUCUAGCCGCAGUUGCCCGCCGGGCAUCCCAGCCCUUCCGCAGCGAGAGGUGGAGCCGGAGGCUGGCGGGGAGGAGGAGGAGGGAUGCGGGAGCCGGGGCUUGGGCCUGCUCUGGACCCCAAAUGGGCCGAAGGUGGAGAAGGGGAGGGGUCCCGCCAGCAGAGAGGGUUGGGGCCAAAGGGCCUGUGCACCGCGUAAGGGUUUUUCACCCGCGUUUGGUGUCCCCCAGGCCCUGGGGGACGAUACUGAGGAUGUGUCCCUGGAUUUUGGCAACGAAGAGGAGCUGGCGUUUCGGAAAGCCAAGAUCAGGCACCCGGUGGCCACGUUUUUCCACCUGUUUUUCCGAGUAAGUGCCAUCAUCACCUACGUGGGCUGUGACUGGUUCAGCAGAAGCUUUGUGGGCUGUUUUGUCACCGUGCUUCUCCUCCUGUCCUUCGACUUCUGGUCUGUGAAGAAUGUAACCGGACGACUCAUGGUGGGCCUUCGCUGGUGGAACCAGAUCGACGAAGAUGGGAAAAGCCACUGGAUUUUUGAAGCCAGAAAGGUCUCUCCAAAUACCGUGGCUGCCACAGAGGCGGAAGCUCGGGUCUUCUGGCUCGGCCUCAUCAUCUGCCCCAUGAUUUGGAUCGUGUUCUUUUUUAGCUCCUUAUUUUCCUUGAAGCUCAAGUGGCUGGCCCUCGUGAUAGCUGGGAUUUCUCUCCAAGCUGCUAACCUGUACGGCUACGUCCUUUGUAAGAUGGGAGGCGAGAGUGACAUCAGCAAAGUCACAGCCAGUUUUCUGUCCCAGACGGUGUUCCAGACGGCCUGUCCAAGAGACUUCCAGAAGCCUGGACUUGAGGGGCUGGAGAUUCACAAGUAUUAG